AGUGCAAAACCCAAAUACAGAAGUCCACAAAAAAUAUUUUUUGCUAUCUAAGCGUGCCGAUAAACAGAGAAUAAAAAAAAAACAAGUUCACGCGGAUUAAAAAAAAAAAGGUCUCUUCACCGUAGCCGAGUUUCAAACUCGAUGAGGACGAUCCCAAGUCCAGCGCGCUUUUGGGUUCUCGCCCCCCCACCACGCUCCCGUCUAAGUUGAAUAGGCAGACGACGACGUUCACUUGUUAUAUUGUAUUACGUAAUAGUUACCCCCUCUUUUGGAAAUUACCCCCACCCGCCCGUCCGUCUGCUGUGCCGCCGUGGAUGAUGCUGCCUGUGAGAACGAUGCCGACGUUUUUAUAUGCCAUGUUGUUAGUGUACUUUUUACUAGCCAUCAGAGCGCUGCUUUUUUCAUACCUUUUUGUUUUCGUUUUUUGCCGUCGCGAUCUACACGGUAGCAAACUUAACUUAACUCGCCGCCGAAACAUAUUUAAAGUGCUUUUUUUAUUUAUAUACAAUUAACAUAUAUAAAUAAAUUUUUUAUUAUUUUUCUUAAACGACAGUGUGAUUUUAUAAGUGUUUCUCUAUGUACUUUCGUUAAGUUUUUAUUUUGAACAAAAAGAAAAAUACUCAAACUGGAGUCCAGGUUAGAUUACCGUACAGGGGGACUGGAUUUCCACAAUCCCCCGAUGCUCCUGGAAAACAACACAAAUUACAGCCACCUUCAACGCUCUAUCGACACUCUCCGAUCCCUCGGAGACCGUUUGGGCGAUAGAAACGUCGAUCUGAGACUCAACCUUCAUCAAGAUCGCAACUAUGAUAGAUCGUCACAAAUGACGAACGGUUUAGAAUUAAACUUGAGUUUAAAUCCCGACCGGCUGUUACAGGAGAGAAUGCAACAGGAGAGAAGUCUCGAACGCCUGUUGAAUGAAAGAACCAUGCAAGAACAACGUAUGAACCUCGACCACAGUCUUAGUAUAGAACGUUUAAAUUUAGAGCGAAGUUUAACUCAGAGCUUAGAUAGAAAUCUCAACAUUUCUCAAAACGCCGAUAGAAAUUACAACGACAGACCGAGUUUGAUGAACGAUCGCGCUUUGAUGGACAGAAAUUUAAAUUCUUUAGAUAGAAAUUUGAACAAUGAAAGAAUGGGGUACACUAAUGAUAGAUUGACCGAUAGACUGAGGCUUGACGGCAGUGAUAUGAGACAUAGUGAUAUUAGUAGAGAUUUUAAUAGGGACGUGAACGAUUUGAAAUAUAGGGAAUAUAAAACACACUUGGAGAAUUUAAGGUCGGAAAGUUCAAGGUCGUUGGAAAGAGGGAACGACGAGGAUCGGGGGACGACGCCCUCCACGCCUCCUACCCCCAUAUCCGUCGGCGAAAACUUCCAAGAAGAAAAGGUGAGUCUUCUUUAUUCGCCCGUAAAAUUUUUAUAUCCAAAAAAAAAAAAACUAUUAAUAAUAAAAAUAUAUAAUUCGUUCAGGAUAUUUUAUGAAAUAAAAAUAUAUAUAAUGUGUCCAAUUAAGUUAUAUAUUACGAAAAAACUUUUAUCAAAUUACAAAAAAUUAUAAAUCAUAUCAAAAUGUACAUAGUCGUGUCAAUAAAAUAUUUAUAUAUUAAUGAAUUUAUGAAUAUUUUAAUUGCCGUAUUAUUAUAUUUGACUCGAAUAAAUAUAUCGGUUUAAAAUUUUGAAUAUUUCAUCGCAAAAUGUACAAGUUUUUAGAAUAAUAAAUCAAAAAUUUGAACCAAAUUUUACUUAAACUUCAAAACUUCAGUCGAAAAAGUUUCGGGUCCUAAAAACAUACAAUUUUUGGAUAUAUUACUUUCAUCUACACAAAAUAAUACAUUUUUUUUGGUAACAACCACAAUUUUG